AUGGCUUCUUCUAGCAACCUCUGUGUCUGUGUGACUUGCGGAACGCAGUUUGACUUUCCCUAUGAAGAACGACCUCUGACCUGUCGCAUGUGCAAUGAUCCACGCCAGUUCGUGCCGCCCUCUGGACAGUCAUGGACUACCGUUGCGCGGAUGCAGACAAGCCACCGCAACGAAAUCAAGCAAGACGAGGUAGACGGCCGCAUCUGGUCCAUCUUCUCCAGCCCGCAGUUUGCCAUUGGACAGCGCGCCCUACUCCUAGAGACGGAGGCGGGCAAUGUGCUGUGGGACUGCAUCAGCCUGCUAGACGCCGACACGAUUGCCUUUAUCAAGUCGAGGGGCGGGCUCAAGGCGAUUGCCAUUUCGCACCCGCAUUUUUACAGCACACAUCUGGAGUGGGCGCGCGAAUUCGACUGUCCAGUCUAUCUCGCAGAGGAAGAUCAAGAAUGGAUCAAUCGUGAAGAUGAACAUGGCCAUCGGCGAUUGGUCAGUGGCUUGACGCUGGAGAUACACCCUCGAGUCAACAUUGUGAAGCUCGGUGGCCAUUUUCCAGGCAGUUGCGCUCUUCACUGGAACAAGAAUCUUGCAAGUCACAAACAAGGCGUCUUGUAUCAAAACUUGCAUCAGGAAACUAAUACCAUGCUCUCUAGUUUGUCGGCGACUCCAUUGGAAUUUCUCAGGUAA